CCGCCACCUGCCCCCGCGGGCAGGUGCCCCUGGCUCACCGCCUCUCUCCGUCUGUGUCCCGCAGCAGCGCCCGGCCCCGCCGAGCCCCGCGGGCGCGCAGAGCCGCCGGGCGCCCAUGUGAGCCCGGCGCGGAAGGCGGCGCAGCCUCGGCGGCGGCAGCGGCCGCAGGAGCGGCAGGAGCAGCAGCAGGAGCAGGCGGCGGCCGUCGGGGCAGCGCUGGAGUGAGCGGGGCGGCAUGGUGUCCUGGCGGCGGCGGUGGCCGGGGCCCGGCCUGGCCGGGCUCUGGGGCUUGUGCUGCCUGGUGCUGGGCUGCUGGCGCGGCUCGCUGGCCUGCCCCGCGUCCUGCCGCUGCAGCUCCUGGCGGAUCUGGUGCGCGGAGCCGGCGCCGGGCAUCGUCUCCUUCCCCGUGCCGCAGCGGAGCGCCGAGGGCGACAAUGUCACCGAGAUCUACAUUGCGAACCAACGGAAAUUAGAAAGUAUCAAUGACAAUGAAGUUGGAUUUUAUGUUGGACUUAAAAAUCUGACUGUGGUGGAUUCAGGUUUACGGUUUGUGUCUCGUCAGGCAUUUGUGAAAAAUGUCAACCUACAAUACAUCAACUUAUCCAGAAACAAGCUCUCAAGUUUGUCCAAGAAGCCUUUUCGCCAUCUGGGUUUGUCUGAUCUGAUAUUGGUGGAUAAUCCAUUCAAGUGUUCCUGUGAAAUAAUGUGGAUCAAGAAAUUUCAAGAGACCAAGUUUUACACAGAAACUCAGGAUUUAUAUUGCAUAGAUGACAACAACAAGAGGACAGCUUUGCUGGAUAUGAAGGUCCCAAACUGCGACUUGCCCUCAGCAAACUUAAGCAAUUACAACAUCACUGUCGUGGAAGGCAAGAGCUUCACGUUGUACUGUGACACUACUGGAGGGCCACCCCCUAAUGUGUCCUGGGUGCUCACUAACCUUGUUUCAAACCAUGAGAUUGACACAAGUAAGAAUCCUGCCUCGCUAACCAUCAAAAAUGUUUCAUCCAUGGACAGCGGACUGUGGAUUUCUUGUGUAGCAGAGAACAUCGUGGGAGAGGACCAGGCGUCUGCUGAGCUCACGGUGUUCUUUGCACCAAAUAUCACAUUUAUUGAAUCUCCAACCCCGGACCACCACUGGUGCAUUCCAUUCACUGUGAAAGGGAACCCCAAACCCACAUUGCAGUGGUUCUAUGAAGGGGCUAUACUGAAUGAGUCUGAAUACAUCUGUACUAAAAUACAUGUUAUCAAUCAAAGUGAAUACCACGGCUGCCUUCAGCUGGACAACCCUACCCAUCUGAACAAUGGUGCUUAUACCUUACUGGCAAAGAACGAGUACGGAGAGGACGAAAAACGUGUUGACGCUCAUUUCAUGUCGGUUCCUGGAGAUGGUAGUGGCCCAAUUGUGGAUCCAGACGUUUAUGAGUAUGAAACCACGCCUAAUGAUCUUGGAGACACCACAAAUAACAGUAAUCAAAUCACUUCUACGGAUGUUUCCAACAAAGAGAAUGAAGAUAGCAUCACUGUUUAUGUUGUGGUGGGAAUUGCAGCACUGGUGUGUACUGGCUUAGUGAUAAUGCUAAUUAUUCUGAAGUUUGGAAGACACUCUAAGUUUGGGAUGAAAGUUCAUGGUGAAGUAAAAGGAGUUGGUCUGGUAGAUCAAAUAUGGCUUUCAUUGCAAGACUGCGAUAAUGAAGAACAAGUAAUGGUGACUGUCAACAAUGAUGUACAUAAUAACUCAGCUGCAUCAGAUAACAACAGACUGGGUUUUGUUUUAUUUCAUAAGAUCCCACUGGAUGGGUAAAUGAAAUAAGGAAAAGAUGAGAGAGGGGCUGUUGAGCUUGUUUGUGGAAGCUGUGUGCUGCACACUAGGGAGUGGACAGUGUUCUUACCCAGAAGUGCCACCUCCCUUGGACUUCUCUGUUAGACAUUGAUUGUGUUUGGAGAAUUCUAGAAGUACAUGCAAAUCAGUAGCUGUUUUUGCAACAGCAGGGCAAAGCUAGCCCUGAGGCAGCUAUAAAACUCAAGAAAGUCCGGAAAUAAGCUAUCACACUCUCUUCCUAUCACCUUAUUCUUACUGUGUCCUCAAAAUGAUAUUGAGAUGGAAUUAUGUCACAUUGUUUCCUCUGUCAAUUUUUCCUGUUUGAGCUUAACUGGAAAAAUGUUGGUUUUUAUAAAUAAUAUUUAUCAAAGGUGAACUGCAAAGUUGCUUUUACUUUAUUCAGUUACUCUCUCUGCAAAACUCUUCCACAUAUGCUUAAUUUAGUGUGUGUGUAGUCCCACUUAUUUCAGAGAGAAUGCUCACAUACCAAAUUCUUGCAUGUUGUCAGGUUAUGGCCUUAACUCCUAAAGCAGUAAAUUUCAGACCUGACCCUGCAAAUUUUAUUUAUGUAUGUGGUUCCACUGACUUUACAGGGAAUAUUAUGGAGAGUAUGAAUGUGUGCGUAGAGGAGGCAAUACUGUGCAUUAGCGCUUUUGGGUUUUGGACCAGUGCCAUUGCUUCAGUGCCAUGCAUGAAGUGAGACUGUGCUUAUUCGAUAUAGUCCUUUAGGUUUGGGUAAGUGUACAAGCCUUUAGUAGGCUGGAAUGCUGAGUCUGAGCCAAGAGCAAGAAUAACAAACUCUACUGUUGGUCUUUCAGAUUAUAUACUUACACUUAAGGCACACUUAACUGUUCAGAGAGGAGUACUGUAAUGAGUAAAGAAAAGCAAAAACAUAAGCAUUUUACAAGAACAGAGACUACAUUUAGACAUCAGGUUAGAGAUUCAUUUUUAUGCUAUUUAGCUAUCGUGUCUGGAGUAUUAUUUGAUCUUUUCAAUUUAGAAAUUACAAGAAAGACUUUUUUUUUUGGUUUAACUGAAAAUUAGUUACAAAGGCUACUGGCAAAAGACUGAGAUAAACAUAUGUCUUUUUAUGAAUUUUGAUUAGCUUUCUGAGAUUUGAUUUGAUUUUAAUUCUUUACAAUAACAUUUAGUAAAAAAAGAGAGAAAAUGCUUUGUUCCUUCUGUGAUUUCUUUUAAUUGUUUUUGCUUUUCAAUUUCAGCUAUUUUCACUCUUCCACUGAAGUAUUCUCUUGUUCUUGCUGCAGUCUUUUUCAGUACACACCAUCUUUCUCUUUCUAAAGUACCGUAUAUUGUGUCUUUGUUUAUUCCUAUCCUUUUUUAUUAUUUCUUCAUAAACUUACUCUCUCUUUGCCUUUUGAGAAUAGUAGCCCCUGACUUUUUACUUACAUUCUUCACAGUCUCUCUCACAUCCAAGCUUUUUCUUCCUGCUGUGCUUAAGUUUUGGGGAAUCUCCUUAUUAGUCAAGAAACAUGUCCACAUUUGCAUUCUUCUGGGCCUAUGUAGUGAGAUAUUUCUUUUCUAUGUCACCAGUUCGGGAAGGGAAGCUGCAAUUGCUUCUUCCCUUCUCCAAAAUCUGUCCCAAAGAUACGUUUUCCUCUCGACAUUAAAGAAGAGGGCAGAGUUGGAAGUCUAGUGGUGUCCUAGGAAUAGUGGUGUCCUUGGUCACCCUGUACAUACUGCGGUGACUUGAGCAGGGAUGGCAGCAAUUAAGGAUAUCCAUCAUAGUCCCUGUUUGAAGUAGAUGUCAACAAGUGUUCUGCUGUUCCUCAGGAAAAUAUUAAGAAUGUCUGCCUUUCUUUCUCCCUAAGUCUAUGUGGAAAUGUUCUUAUUUUACAGAUAUACUAACUUUCUUUUCUCCUUACUGAUUCCCUUUUAACUUCCUUUUAAUUUUUUUCUCAGACUUCUUGCUUCCCCCCCGCCCCGUUUAAGUGAUACUGAGCUGAUUUUAAAUCAAUAAUGUAUUAUUUACAUCAGCGAUAUUUGAACUAAAUUCAGUGGAGUUGCAUUAAGCAUAAACUGGUCAAAGAACAGAGCUUGACCCAGUAGCCCAGAUUCCAGGUUUAAGUUAUGCUGGGACAAAGUCAGCAUAUUUCAGUUAUAUAGUCACAAAUAACUGCCAAAUAAAUGAGGUGAGAAUCUGACCCCUUUUCUUUUGGCAGGGAAAAGACAAACUUACAGAGUUGGAAUUUGGCAGGUGAUUUUUGAAGUAUUUCAUUUUUUAAAAGAUUGUUUUUUUGAUUCAUAAUAUUUAUGUGCACACAAAUGUGCACAGUUAUUGAUUUGGGAUCUUACACUUUUUUAAUAACUUAUUUUGUAGCACUUUGCAGUUCAUCUUUCAGGUAUAGGAGUAGGUUUGAUGUUCAAAUAUUCCAGCAUGUACUGACACAGUAUUUUGGAUUUUAUGUAAUCAUGGAAGUAACUUUAAUAAAUCACAACUGAUUUAUACCACACUGAAAUAUAUAUAUUUAUAUAUAUAUUUAGUAGAAUAUCCUUCUUACGUAUCUUGUACUGUAUCUUUUAUAUUAGUCAUUCAGUGCACUAUUACUUGAUGCAGAUAUUCACAGAACCUUAUGGAUUACAGCACAUGAUUUGUUACUAAUUAUGUCUUAAUGCAGAUGUUUAACGCUUGAUGGAAAAAGACAACAUACUCCUAAAAUGUUUUCUUUUCAGUAUGUGGACAGAGCCUCUUAAAGCUAAGGAGAGCUAAAUUUUUAAUGUGGAAAUUGUAGCUCCGGCUAGCUCCUGUUUUUCAGCUUGAUUGUAAACGAUGCUGCUUGUAACUGUGGAGAGUCUGAUCUGCCCGAAUGCUGUUGGUUUACAAAGGGCUCAGCUAAUUACCAAAUUCCUCACCUCUUUAAAAUAAAGUGAGACUCAAACUAAGAAUUGUGCAGGAACCAUUAACGUGGCAAAAUUUGCUGAAUGUCCAGGAUUUGAUACUAAAAAGCUUUUAUAUUGUUUUGCUCAGCAAUAAAAAAGUCUAUGAAAUGUUUAAA